UUGGACCCCUAAAACCAGCAGAGUAAGACGAAGCCAUGAAAAUCUACUAAACAAAACAAGCCAGAAACUAUCAGUAAGUUCAUAAUCAACUAAAGUUAGGGUUCACUUUGUUUCUGAUUUCCAAUUGGGUUCUCAAAGGGUUUCUUAUUUUGUUCUAGGUUUUUACUUUAUAAUUUCAUUUUGAUUUCAUCCUGAGAUCUUCAAUUGCAAUCUACUUCUUCUUCUUCUUCUUCUUCUUCUCCCACAUUAUGUUUGGGUGAAAUAAGAGCGCCAGAGAUAGUUCAAUCCGCCGUUUCUCAUGUUCUACAUUUCCAGUCAUUUUAACGUACUUUUCUUGUUGUUUUUAGCUCAGAAUUACAUCUAAAACCAUACAAAUCUGAUGGUUCAGCUGGUUUUUGUUUAUCAAGUGGGGUUUUAGGUCUGCUUUUUUAUAAAUGUUUGAAAGUAUGCUUGAAUUUAAGUUUUGAAAGAUUUACCUCUAUUUUUGUUAAUCUUUUGUGUAUUUGUUGGGUUUUGGGGAAUUUUUUCAUUGAGCAAAUAGUAUUCUGAGGUAAUCUUGUCAAGCAUUUACUUCACCGAGGAAACAUUUUAUUUGGAAUCAUGGUGUUAAAAACCGGCAGAAAUUCAAAAGAGAUAAUAAUGAAGUGGAUAAGAUAAGUAGAUUACCUGACGCCCUAAUUCAUCACAUUUUCUUCCAACCAAAUCUGUUCUUUCUACAUGCAUUUUAUCUAAAAGAUGGAAGUAUCUAUCAAACUCAGCUCCCAUUCUUGAUUUUCGUGAAUGGCGAACUGAUUUUGAAGAAGACUUUGCAUUGGCAGUCAAAAAGGUCAUGAAUUUUGUGGACACAGUGUUAUUUGUUCAUGAGAAACCAAAAAUACAGAAAUUCCUUCUUAAUGUUAGUGAUUGUUUUGAUGAAACCCGAGUUAACGGAUGGAUAAGAACUAUUAUAACGCGAAAAGUUGAAGAGCUUGUUCUUUAUGUGCCAUACGAUGAAAAACCCUUUAUCUUUCCUCCGUAAUUUUUUUUACGUGCGAUUCAUUGAUAAUGUUGGACCUGGAAUACCAUGGCAUUCUCAAUCUCCCCAAAACAAUUUCUUUUCCAAGGCUCAAGAUACUUCGGCUCGCAAAUAUCGUGUUUGUGAAUGAAAACUUGACUAGAGAGCUAUUUUCAAACUGUCCCAUCCUUGAAGAAUUGAGCUUAGUUGACUGUCAGUUUCAAGACUUGGAAGUUUUGUGUAUCACAUCUCUUGCACUGAAGCAACUGUUCAUUGUAGAUUAUUAAUCUGCUUGGUUCUAAAUUGAAGAUUUUCGCACCAAAUCUGUUGACCAUGAAGUAUGCAACAGAUACACCGGCAGACUUAGUUCUUGACAGCUUCCCCUUCCCGUCACUAGUUGAGGCAAAUAUUCAAAUUUAUAAUGACUGGAAUCACGAGAGAACAUAUGUUUCUUACAUUGAACUUUAUAAAAAGCUUUCUAAUGCAAAGCUCCUUAAAAUAUCUGGUUCCUCCUUUCAGGGUCUUUCUGCAACAAAUAUCCUCUUAGCCGAUUUGCCUGCAUUUUGUAAUUUGGUCUGCUUGGAAGUUAGUUCAGCAUUCUGCCGCAGAUGGUAUCCAUAUGCAAGUUUUGCUUCAUGUAUGAGGAUAUUAUUGUGGUUUCUCCAGCUUUCGCUUAAUCUAGAAUCGAUUGUCUUCACCGAGGGUGUGCUCAGCGACCCAGAAGAUGAUAGUUGGACAGCAAAUUCAUUGCCCCAGUAUUCUCUGCCAAAUCUUAAGUCAGUUGUAAUACGAAAUUUUAGAGGGUGCAAAGUGGAGCUGGACAUGGUUAAAUUGUUCUUGGCCAAUGCUGGAUUUCUUCAGAUGACGACUAUUACAACUUCUCGAUAUUUAGCCAAAGACUAUAAGAAGCAAAUGCAGAUUGCAUCUGAAUUACUUAAGUUUCCAAGAGCCUCUACAAGUUGUGUGGUCGAGUUCUUGACCCCAAAGUAGUGUUAGUUCGCGUAGACUAUUAUAUUAUCGAUGUCUUCUAAUCAUUUUUAUAACUAGAAAAAUAAACCAUAGUUGAGAGAAUGCAUAAGUUGUUAUUCCUAUCUUUUCCUAAGGUUUUGAAUACUCUUUUGUCAAAACCAUUUAUCCUUUUUAUUCUGUUUGGUUUAAACUGUGUAUUUGAGUUGAAGAAUGUUUUUCUGCGGAAU